CAGUGAUGUCACAAGCAUGUGACCCUGCUUCUCCAGUGACAGUGUUCUGAGGGACAGAAAAAAGAUUUUUUAAAGGCUUGUGCCUCUUUGGGUUUGUGUGAAGGCUCUGCUCACCUCCCGAGCAACCACAGAACCACAGAAAAGUUCAGUUUAGGAUUUUUGCACUGCGGCACGUAAAUGGUUAACUGUCGCCGGUCAACUUCAGGUUUGAGGACCGCACCAACCAGUAAGUACGCUAUCCUCUGCAGCUUGCUUGGCGCUGUGUUGUCCAAAAAGGCGAUAGAUUUUUUUAUUUUUUCCUAAACCAGAACUGGUCAUUACUUGUGGUCAUGAAAAUAGUUGAUGCAAAAACGCAUUUUUUGUGGAUGUUUUUGUGGUUUUUUCCUUUUUUGCAUCUUCCCCUGGCACACCACGCACUCUCAAACUAAGAGGCAUCAAGGGUCACCGAAAACCACAGAGAAACAAAAUUUGGGCGACCAUGGCAUCCAACAGCCUCUUUAGUUCUGUGACCCCAUGUCAGCAGAACUUCUUCUGGGAUCCCAGCGCCGGCCGGAGGUUCAGUCCGCCGGUGUCGGUGAAGAUGAAUGAUGUGAACCCGAGCGCAGGACAGCAGCAGCAGCAGGACAGCGCGGUGGUGCCAAGACUCCGCGCGCAAGAGAACCGCUCCAUGGCCGAGAUCAUCGCCGACCACCCCGCAGAACUGGUGCGGACCGACAGUCCGAACUUUCUCUGCUCGGUUUUGCCUUCUCAUUGGAGGUGUAAUAAAACGCUACCUGUUGCGUUUAAGGUGGUGGCCCUGGGAGAGGUUCCUGAUGGGACGGUGGUCACAGUAAUGGCCGGAAAUGAUGAGAAUUAUUCAGCUGAGCUCAGGAAUGCUUCAGGUGUUAUGAAGAACCAGGUGGCCCGAUUCAACGAUUUGCGCUUUGUGGGCCGAAGCGGAAGAGGGAAGAGCUUCACCCUGACGAUUACAGUAUUCACAAACCCACCGCAAGUGGCCACUUACCACAGAGCCAUAAAGGUCACGGUGGAUGGACCGCGGGAGCCCAGGAGACACAGGCCGAAGCUGGAUGACUCGCCGAAGGCCGGACUCUUCUCUGACCGCCUCAGUGAACUGGAGCGUAUCCGGCAGACCACCAUGCGGGUUACCAUGCCAACACAAACGCCACGGCCCUCGCUUAGCAACCCCAACUCCUUCACACCUCAGGGGCAGACGCAGAUAACAGAUCCACGCCAGGCUCAAUCUUCCCCACCUUGGUCAUAUGACCAGACGUACCCAUCCUACCUGAGUCCCAUGGCCUCCCCGUCCGUGCACUCCACCACCCCGCUCUCUUCCAGCCGGGCCACAGGGCUGCCGUCCAUCAGCGAUGUGCCCAGACGCCUCCCAGGUAACCUCCAGCCUCAGCCCUACAGCAGGUGCGCCCCCUACCCCUCGCGUCUGACACUGCAGUGGGCAGCAGGGUGGGCACAUCUGAGUCCUUUUCCUGGCCAGUUUGAGCGUCAGUUCCCUGCUUUCUCCUCACUUACCGAGAGCCGGUUUUCCAGUCCCAGAAUGCACUACCCGACCACCUUCACGUACACGCCCACCCCGGUCACCACCGGAAUGUCCCUCGGCAGCGCUCACUACCACACCUACCUUCCUCCGCCGUACCCCGGCUCCACCCAGAACCAAAGCGGACCCUUCCAGAGCAGCAGCACACCUUAUCUCUACUACGGUGCCUCUUCAGGCUCCUACCAGUUCUCUAUGGUUCCGGGAGGAGACCGAUCACCCACCCGGAUGAUGCCACCUUGUACUAGCGCGUCCACAGGAACCAGCCUGGUCAACCCAAACCUCCCGGUCCAGGCUGAUGGAAGUGGGGGGGUGGAGGGAGACGGUAGUCACAGCAACUCCCCCACUCUGCUUCAUCCUGCUGGUAGAAUGGACGAAGGCGUGUGGAGGCCAUAUUGAUCAUUGAUCAGUUAUGUGAGCAUAGAACCUCCAAACUAACGGCAUGGUUUUAAAGCACAAACCUUACUAGGAUGUUCAUCCUGUCUCGCUGAGCUACUUUCCCUCAUUAACAUGAGUAUUUAUGAGCCUGUUAAAAGGGAAGUAUUUUUUACAUUGGACUUUGUUGUUGUUGUUGUACAUUAUUCUGGACCUUUUAACCUCUGGGAAUCAUAGGCGGGAUUAUUUGGAACUGAAGGAACAGAGAUGGAUGGAGUAUUUUAUUAGCAUUGUUAUUAGCAUGUUAUUAUUUACUUGUCUUGGCAUGUUUUUAAUAUAUCGUUUAAAGCACUGAAGAACACCUGUAUGACUGUUUGUGAUCAAAUAUCUCUUUUUGUGCUUUUUUUUUUUUUUUAAGUUAAGCAUUUAAGUUAUACGUAUUUGAUAAAAGGAUUUAAAGUAACUUAUAAAAGCCAUAGAGUCAUUAAUGUAUUUGGAACUUGAGUCAUAGAGGGAAUAUUUUUGUAAAGCAUCUAUGUUCAAGUUAAUGCAACUAAUUUACGAUAAUUUAAAUUUCUGUGCCUUAAUUGAUCACACAGAGCUGUAUGUUAAAGUCUCUGUGUCUAAGUACACUACAUUUGUAUGCAGUUAAUAUUGAUUGAUACUAAAUGCUUUUUCACUAUUUUAAAGCUUUAAACCAAAGAAACAGCCACGGAUGCUCAAAAGUGUUUGCCAAUGUGCUAGAUCAAGCUUUCUUUGAUGUGCAUGUGCUGGGAUAAUUUAUUAUGUUGCUUAAUCAAAUGUGGCUGGGAAAGGUUUCCAGUGGGGGAAUAUUGAAGGUUCUGGAUGUGUCGUACACGGAUAUUCUUUUCCGCAUAACUGGAGCAAUACAGUACAUAUCCUCCAAAAAGUGGUAAUAAACUCAGUUAUGGCACUAUAAUACCAGUUGCAACCAUGCAGCUAUAAAUUAUUUUAGUUUUCAACAUAUGAAAUUGUUUUCAAUAUUUCAACUCCGUUUUCAGAUUUCAAUGUUUAUAAUAAUAAUAAUAAUACAUGGUUUUUGAGCAGCAAAUUAGCAUAUUAUAAUUAUU